AUGGAAAAUGCUGAUCUCCAAUUAAAUAUGGACAACUUGGAGCAACAAGGUAGAAACAAAAACUUAAGAUUCUUUGGACUCACCCUAAAUUCAAACGAAAAUACCAAUGAAGUUAUUUUACACGUGCUUAAUAAUGAUAUGAAAUUAAAAAACAUUGGUGUUGGUGAUUUGAAGAAAUGUUAUCGUGUGUUAAAUAAAAACAAUGAUCGAGAAAACCCUAGGCCCCCAGCUGUUUUGAUGAUAUUUAACGUAGGACACGUUAAUGUUCGUUCACUUGUACCUCAUUUUCAUGAAUUUAAAAAUUUGGUUGUUAGUGCUGAUUGUGAUAUUGUGGGCGUCACUGAAACAUGGUUACACGAUGGAAUUAAUGAUACAAUGGUAAGUAUUGAUGGCUAUUCUUUUGCUCGGCAAGACAGACCAGCAAGAGCUGGUGGGGUGGGGAUGUAUAUUAAAAAUAACUAUAAAUUCGAAAUUAUUUUAUCAGAAUAUAAUGAGUUGUUUGAAUACAUAUGGAUAACCGUUUAUAUUGGGAAAGUUUUGUAUGCAAUUGGUACCAUAUACAGGAAACCUAAAACUAAUUGUUCGUUAUUUUUAGAACACUGCGAGGACAUGUUUUCUUCAAUUUUUUCAAAUUAUGAUAAUAUUAUAUGUGUUGGUGAUUUUAACAUUAAUGUUCUUGACCUAGAAGAUAAUCAUACUGUGAAAUUUUAUGAUAUUUUGGAUACUUUUAAUUUAAAGCAACUCAUUAAAGAACCAACAAGAGGCAUCUCCUUAUUAGAUCUUAUUAUCACAAAUAUUGAUAUUAAAAAAUGUAAUGAAUAUGUCGAUAUAGACAUGAUUGCGGAUCAUGCGGCAGUUUUUUGUAAAUUUAAUGUCGAAGGUACCGAAUCUCAUAUUAAAAAAAGGGUUAACUAUCGAGAUAUUAAAAAUAUUGAUUAUAAUAAUUUUUUGAAUGAUCUUAAUUUAAUACCGUGGCAUACUAUAUUUCGAACAGAUGAUGUUGAUAUUAAAGUAUCGCAUUUACAAACUUAUAUUCUGUCAGUUCUUGAUGUACAUGCGCCUUUAAAAUCAAUUUUAGUCAGUAAUGUAAAGCCAUACUCUCCGUGGAUUACUGGUAAUAUUAAACAUUUGCAAAAGUUACGUGACAAUGCAUUAAAUAGAUUUAGAAGAACACAAUUACCGGAACAUUGGUUGUACUACAAACAAUUUCGAAAUUAUACAACUACUGCCAUUAAAGCGGAAAAAAGGGCUUACCUUAAUAUGAAAUUUCAGAAUUCGAACUCAAAGGAAAAAUGGGCCGAAUUAAAAGAACUUAAUAUAUCCAAACAGAAAAAAAAUGAAUUACCUAGGCAUUUAAAAUCAGUAGAGGAUAUAAAUAAUUUUUUUAUUAAUAAUAUAAAUAUAAUGCCAGGUAGUAAAGAAUUACUUAACUAUUAUGCUCAUAACGUAAAAGAGGGUAUUAAUGAUAACUUCAGUUUUUCGUAUGUUUCUGAAGAGUUUAUUAAGGAUAUCAUUUUUUCGUUAAAAUCUAAAGCUUUUGGCAAUGACCACUUAAAUAUUACAAUUGUUCAGUUGUGCUGUCCUGUGAUUAUUCCUAUUCUAACUCACAUAAUAAAUGUUUGCAUUGAAAAAAGUUACUUUCCUUUAGACUGGAAAUUUGCAAAAGUUAUACCUUUGCCGAAAAUCACCUCACCUAAAGAGUACAAUGAUCUUAGAUCAAUUAGUAUUUUACCUACAUUUUCAAAAAUUUUUGAACGAGUUAUGGAAAGUCAGAUUAGAGAUUUUUUUAAGCACUAAUAAAAUUUUGCCAGAAAACCAAUCGGGUUUUAGACGUAA